CUAGCGAGAAGAGCCCCAUCGGUCUAUAGGGCACGUGUGGCUCUCUCUGCUUCGCUGAAACCCGCGGCCUGGCCAAGGGGCGUGUGUGCGUCUGUCUCUGUGCGCAUUUGCAACCGAGGAGCGAGCGAGCCAUUUCUCUUCCGUUUUUUGCCUCUGGGUUUUGCCGCCUGCCGCGGGGAUAUCAUUUGCUGGGGGCUGCGGGGUGGGGGGAGGAGGAGGAAGAGAAGAAGAGGAAAAAAAAAAAAAAAGAAAGAGAGAGAGAGAGAGAAGGCAGAGGAAGAGGAAGAGAGGAGGGACUGGUAACUCUCUGCCUGUCUGGAAGGGGGCGAGCUGUCUCCAGACAGGUGAUGGGCGUUUCGGCUGCGCUCUGGGAUUGCCUGCCUGCCUGCCUGCCGCUUGGAUUUCACUUCGCGGUGAUCUAAGCAAAUAUGCAGAUCUACCGGCUGGUCGGGUCCUGAACGCCAAAGAAGGCAGCGCGCAAAGCGGAGGAGAGCAACAGCCCGCCAGCCCGCCCGCCUGCUGCCAGGGCCGGCAUCCCCCUCCCUCGCCAGCAACCUUCUUGCCAAGCAGAAGACCCAAACAGCAGAAGAGCCCUCUCCUCCCCCCCGCCCACGCAAAGACACCCCUCGGCGGGGGCGAGCCCGGGGGAGCGACGCGGCCACCCCCACCUCCUGCUUUGGGGGCGAGCCCAGGGAAGCUACCGGGCCACCCCCGCCCGUUCCCCGCUCCUUGGCGGCGCCUCUCUCCAAGCCAGCCGGCGCGCUAAGGCGAAGAAGGGGAUUCCCCCCCCCCGCCCCGCCUUUGGCAAGACCCAGACCGAAGAGCGAUCGCCCCCCUGGCUGGCACCCCCUCCUCCUCCUCCCCACCACGAGCCGGAGAGCCCCCCCGUCUGGCUUGCCCUGAGGGAUGGUGGUGAUUUGGCCCGCCAAAGGAGCCAGGCUGCUGCUGCUGCUGCUGCUCCCGCUGCGCGGCGCGGUUGAAUCGUGUGGCUGCUGGCGGCGGCAGUGCGGGCGGAGGACGCGAUGAGGUCCUGGGGGGGCUUCUGGCUUCUAGGCGUCUGCUACCUGGCCCUCGUGGCUGCGGAGGAAGCGGAGAUCCCCCAAGAAGUGAUCGAAAGGCUGGCACACAGCGAGAUCCACAGCAUCCGUGAUUUACAGCGCCUCUUGGAGAUUGACUCCGUAGGCUACGACGACGCCUCGGAAACAAACCUGAUCUCGCACAGCGUGCACGUCGCCAAGCACGCCCAAGAAAACCGCCCCCGACCCAUCCGCAGGAAACGAAGCGUCGAGGAAGCUAUUCCCGCCGUCUGCAAAACCCGGACAGUUAUAUAUGAGAUACCUCGGAGUCAGAUCGACCCGACGUCCGCUAACUUUCUGAUAUGGCCCCCGUGUGUGGAGGUGAAGCGCUGUACGGGCUGCUGUAACACCAGCAGUGUGAAGUGCCAGCCGUCGCGGAUACACCACAGAAGCGUCAAGGUGGCAAAAGUGGAAUAUAUUAGAAAAAAACCAAAAUUAAAAGAAGUCCUCGUGAAGCUAGAAGAGCACAUGGAAUGCACCUGCACAUCGUCAAAUUCUAAUUCAGAUUUUCGAGAAGAAGAAACGGGAAGGCCUAGGGGAAAAGGUAAAAAACGGAAACGAAAAAAGUUAAAACCCUCAUAAAAAUACUCCCAGGACAAUUUGAUGACCAGAUGUAAGGUGAAAAUAAGCUAGAAAGUAUUUCUCUCUGGGACAUGGAUGUACAUGGUUUGUUACAUUCCUGAACCUACUGUGUAUGGUGCUUUAUUGACUGUAUACUUCGUUCGUUCUCCUUUGUGGAGGAAACAAAAAAAAACUGGCUUAAAAACACACACACACACACACACACACACACACACACCCACUCUCAAAAAAGACUCAUCACAAGGACAAAGAGACAAUGUACAUUUGUUUAAUAUGACAUCAGAGCAAGUAUUGUAGCACUCUACGAAACAAUACGAAGUUUCCCUGUCCAAAAAAGAGAAAAGACGCCCUGAAUGGAGGAUACCCAAAGGACUCCUGACGACAUGACAAAUGCCAUCUAAGCAAAGAGCGGAUUUCAGUGUCGCUGGGCAGCCAAUGGUGCUUUUGUUUCUGUUUGUUUGUUUUUUUGUCAAGAAAUGUGCCUGCGUUCUUGAUGAAGAUGGACGGACGCAAUGGAGCUUGGGCACAGGAAUGUAUCCAAUGCUACGGCAGAGACUCUUCAAAUGGUGCCGUUUCACUUGGCAAUGUUUUCAGUCUAUACAAAAAAAGAGAAAAACAACCAGCCUUCUGGGGCGCCUUAAGUGGAUGUUUUGUUUUUGUUUUUUAUUUUUGUUUUUUUACACCAUAAAGUUAUUAAGCUUUCUUUUUACUUGUUGCCUAGCUUUUUAUUAUCUUUUCGGACAACAUUUACCAAUAACCCAUAUAGAAGACUGCUGUAGCGGCCGAAACGGGAGACGCAGACAAGUACGGAUUUUCUCUUAGGGGGUUGCAGACUAAUGCGAUGUAUUAAAAUAAAAAUGGUAUACCUAUGCAUAAUUUUCUAAAUGUUUCUUGGUUUAUGUCCCCUUCCCUCCACUCUCUGCCCCCCUCCCACAUUUCCAUCCCUCCCACCCAUAAUUUAAAAUAGUGGUUUUCAAAGGUCGCUCUGCUGCUCUACAGAAGCGUACCCAGGGGGCUCUUAGUAAGAAGGACCUGUUGUGAGACCAGAUUGCCUGAAGGGGAAUGUGUUCAUCGUUGCACUCUUCCCCUGGAAAUAUACAACCAUUGUGGGUGGGUGGGGUGUCAGGUGGGCAUGUUGGAGGCGUGUCUCGUUGACAGGAAAUGGCAGCAAGGCCCAACAAGAGCAGUUCGGGCCCUGCACAAGUUAGAAUGUAGCCUAAAAUGUAUCCCAGAAUCCUUAGCGGCGUGCAAGCGUUCUGUGGCAGAUGCAGGCAGGUCGCCAACAGAUCAGAUCAACGUGGAGUGGAUUUCUUGAGGCUAGAAAGCUUGGAAGUCACUCUUUCAAAGACAUCAAAACAGACUACGGAUAUGCAUAAGCAACCCGAGGCGAUAUGCAAGCAGGACACAUCUUUGAGUUCUUUAAAACAACAACAACAACAACAACAAAUUCGUACCAGUUGCCCACGAGUGAUCCUGUGGCUGCAAUUGCUAUUCUGUAGAAGAAUCACUUUUGCUAUUUCACAUGUUAAAGCUGCGUGAGUUGUACAAAGUCUUCUUGUUAUCCGUAUUGUAUGAUGUCACUGUGGCACGGGGUGACCCUGCCAGAAAGCCUAAAAUUCUUUAUUUUUGGUAUUAAAAAAAAAAAAGUUAUGCUUUAUGUGUA